CGGCUGGACUCGAGCGAUGCUGCUGCUGCUGAUGUCAGAGCGCCGAGGCUGAGGCUGAGAUGAUGGAGAGCGCGCUCGCAGCUGCCCCGAGUCUCUAAUACAGCGCGUUUGACAGCGCCUCUUCAUAAGGAUGGACGGCAAUGUCUUCCCCGACCAAGAGCAGCUGCUGGUUUUCCUGAAGAAGCUCAAAGAAGUGUUCGACGUGUGCGACGAGGACGCAGACGGAUAUAUCCGCGUUGAGCACUUCGUGGACCUCGGUCUACAGUUUGGCCAAGGAGAUGAAGUGAAGAAGUUUGCCAAGUACUUGGAUCCCAACGCUCAUGGCAGAAUUAACUUCAAAGAUUUCUGUCACGGAGUGUUUGCAAUCAAAGGCUGUGAGGAGAUCCUGAAAUCAGCUCUUGGGACCCCCAACAUCAGUGCACAGUCAUACCAGAUGGACAAUGGCUACUACUAUCAGCACGGGGAGGGGAGUCUGGGACCCCCGAUCAUUGUGUGCACACGGCCGUACCCAGAGUGCCAGCUGUAUUCUGAUGAGGAAGCUAUGGGCGGCCGGGACGUGCAGGAGGCAGACAUGGACAGUGCCGGAGACAGCGGGGCAGGCUCUGAAUCCUCUGAAGGAGGACGCCAUGAUGAUAAAGAAGAAGGACUGGGGGGACUCUUUUUGCGUGGAAACAACUGUGGUCAGAUGGUGUCGUCGGCAGCCGCAUCGGUAAUCUCGGUGGAGGAGCAGUUUGAGGACUAUGGAGAGGGAGAAGAUGUGGACUUCACUCCCAGCAGCCCCAUCCCUGAUGAUGACACACGCACCAAUGGUUUCUCUGACUUGGGCUCCUCUCUGCCCUCCAGUGCUGGUCAGACCCCUCAGAAGAUCAGGCACCUGUACAACAGUGAGCUGCUGGAUGUGUACUGCUCUCAGUGCUGCAAGAAAGUCAACCUGCUCAAUGACCUAGAAGCCAGACUCAAGAACCUCAAAGCUAACAGCCCAAACAGGAAAAUUUCCAGUACAGCAUUUGGUCGCCAGCUCUUUCACCACAGUAACUUCAGCAGCAGUCAGGGCAGCACAGAGGACCUGUUCAGAGACAGCAUCGACUCCUGUGACAUCGACAUCACUGAGAAGGUGACUUAUUUGGAAAAGAAGAUAACAGAGCUUGAGAACGACAGUCUGGCUAAUGGAGAUCUGAAAUCCAAACUUAAACAGGAAAACACACAACUAGUUCACAGGGUACAUGAGCUGGAGGAGCAGAUCAAAGAUCAGGAGACGCGUGCAGAGCAAUGUUUAGAGGAGGAGCUGAAGAGACACAGAGAGGCCUACAGUAAGAUGGAGAGAGACAAGAGCACGGAGAUCGAAAUGCUUAGUAACAGGGUCCAGCAGCUAGAAGAGGAGAAUGCAGAGAUGAAAGUGAAUGUGUGCAGACUCAAGUCUCAAACUGAGAAACUGGACCAGGAGAAGCAGCGUAUGACAGAUAAACUGGAAGACACAAGCCUGCGUUUGAAGGAUGAGAUGGAUCUGUACAGGAAAAUGAUGGAUAAACUUUGGCAGAACAGACACGAGUUUCAGAAGGAGCGAGAGGCCAUGCAAGAGCUGAUAGAGGACCUGCGGCGUGAACUGGAGCACCUUCAGCUCUUUAAACUGGAGACUGAGAAGCCCGGCCGUGGCCGUACCGCUGCAGGACUGUCCGAGUACAACGCCAAGACUCGAGAGAUUGAACUGGAGCAUGAAGUAAAACGGCUCAAGCAGGAAAACCAUAAACUCAGAGACCAGAACGAUGAUCUGAACGGACAGAUUCUCAGUCUCAGCCUUUACGAGGCCAAAAACCUGUUCGCUUGUCACACCAAGGCCCAGUCACUGGCAGCAGAGAUAGACAAUGCCUCCAGAGAUGAGCUGGUUGAAGCUUUGAAAGAACAAGAGGAGAUCAACUUCCGUUUAAGGCAGUACAUGGACAAGAUCAUCCUGGCUAUCCUCGACCACAACCCCUCCAUUUUAGAGAUCAAGCAUUAGGCUCCUGAGAGCGGAUAGAGGACUCGGAUUCGGCAGAGAGCUCCCCCUUCAGACCAGGGGUGUGAAACGCACCGCUUCUGCCCCCUUACAUCAUGUUUUUACAGAGCAAAGUUGCUGUGGAAAUGAUCGUGUGUCUCUCAUGUGCUCCGUCUCACACACGUGGGUCACGGUUUCCGUCACUACUCAUGUCAUCACGCUGUGCGUUUAGGCUGUAGAAAUGACAAAAACAAGUGAUGAAACUGGAAUCUAGAGUAGAAGUGUACUUUUCACUCUCAGUUAUAUACACACUACCUCUGAGUAUAUACAACUCAGUGUUGUAUUCUACACGUGAACAAAACAAGUAGAAUUACAUGGAAUAUCACACGAUCACGCCAUAUAGGAGAGCUAUAUGUGCACCCUAUGGCAUGUGGGGUUUAUUAAUAUUAUUUGAGCAUUUAUUCAGCCCUCAAGAAUCUCUUUUAAAGUGCUGUUCGUCUAUAAAGUCUUAACAAUCCAGCACUGAACCAAUGAAAGAAAUACUGUAAUCAGCAGAUAAGGGAACUUCUGUUGAAUACAUACAUUGUGGCCUGCUGUGGAAAUAAUAACAAAACCACGUCAGUCCAUCCUGAGAUACACUGCUGUUAAUGGCUGAUGCUUUUAGUUGGGCUGAAAUGAUCUUACAGCUUUUAACUAAUAACUCUGUACUGACCAUCAACAUCUUUUGACUGAGGGGUAACUUGUAGAGAAGCACAAGUGAACUAUGCGAGUACAGACGACAUUUGUAUAAUAUAGUAUAUAUACAUAUAGAAAGAAAACUCUAUUGAAAAUGUGAAAAAGAAAGGUUUAUUUUUUUGAGAAGUUUGGAUGAAAUGCUCCGCCGAAGUUUAGGGGAGAGGUGGAUGUUAUACGUAAUGAGUGAGAGGUUGAAGUCUUCUUGUUUAACAAGAACUACAAAAGCCCACAAAUUAUGGCUAUAAUACAUUAUGAAUAAAACAUUAUGAUCAGUUUUUUAACGCUCUAUUCAUCAAGAAUCCAUAAAAAGAAUUAAGAAAUGUUUCUCGAGAAGAAAACGAGCAUAUUGGAAUGACUUUCUUGAAGUCUGAAAGCUGUAUUUUUGAUCAAAUAAAAUGCGGCCUUGGUGAGAAAAAGAGACCACUUUCAAAAAUAUGAAUACGAAACUUUUUUUGUUUUGGUCUUAGUCUCUUGGAAGAUAUUGUACAUCAGUGCCAUGGGUAAAGGAAGCUGCACAUUUAAUAAAAGUGCUUGAACUGUGCAUCCCAUGAAUGUAUGACCACGCCACAUGCCACAGCGUUCUGUAUUCCCAUAUUACCAUUUUCCAGAUUUAGCUAGUCUACUACUAUGUGAAUCAGUAUUUUAAAUUCUUGUGUAGUUUGGGAAAGGAGCCAAUACUGCUACAUGCUCGAUUGUCACAAACUAGUUUUGCUUUGUUGCACAACUUGUACUGAAUCUGUUUCUUUGCAUGGUCUUAAUCUCUUUCUGUUGGUGUCCUUUAUUUGGAAUGUAACGAUUAAUGUUUCGGUUGUUUCAAUAACUAUUAAUCCGAUCGGUUAUAGAGGAACUUUUAUAUCUUUCUGUUCUCUUUGUGUUGUAGCAUUUUUCACUCAUUGUAAAUGUUGUACAGAAACUAGUUAAUAUUUGUAUUGAUGUGCCACUCAUCAACCUUAAUGAAUAAAGGAAAGGCUGUCUUUUAUACAGUUUUAUGACAAAUGAGCAGUUAGACAUGCAAUUAAGUAAUGUAUAAAUCAUUUGUAACUGUUGAAAUGAAAUGAUAUCACACCUUGCUCAUCGGUGCUGAUGUCACAGACAAGACUCGUUCUUCAUUAUCUACCUAAAAAAAGGAAAUUUGAUUUGGAGCAGUCACUUCUGAACAAACACCUAUAUUAAAAAUGUAAUUUCAUAUAAUUUCCGUUGGAUGACCCAUUCACAGCAACAAUAUCAUUUUUGCACAUUUUACGUGUUGUGCUGUGUCUGUGUCCACUGUUACAGGUUAGACGUAACACAGUUUGACAGUUCUCUGUGGGUCAUGGUUUACAAAACCCAUUUUUUGUUGUUUAUGCCUUUUUUGUUGUUUUAGAAAAAGAUAGACCUUUCUUUUGUCCAGUGUGUGGGUAUGUAACUAGAUUACUAUUACUCAUUCAUAUUUACACAAGUAGAAAGGAGACAAGUGAAAAAGCUUUCAGAAAACUCAAUAAUAGUUUAAAAGCCUCAAGAGUUAUGACAAAUUUGAAAUGUACAAUAAAUGAAUUGUUUUGGCAUGACUUAAAA